UUGCAAUAUUAUUCUAUUGUUUUAUUUCACACUCCUCCUGUAAUUGAGAUAAAAAGAAAAGGGCAAACCAAAAUUACAAAGAUUGUCUGGUGAUCGGAAAAGAAUAUUUGCGCCACCGAUCCACCGCCGUAAAUGGAAGGAGUAGGGGCCAGACUGGGCCGGUCAUCAACUAGGUACGGAGGGCCGACCACAGUAUUUACUGGACCAGUUCGAAGAUGGAAGAAAAAGUGGAUCCACGUAACGCCGCCGACCUCCGGCAACAAUCAUCAGAGAGCUAACGGCAGAGUUAAAGGUAGUAACGGUUCUCAUCUAUUGCUUUUCAAGUGGACACAUAUAACUGCUAGCCAAAACAACAAUGGUACUGCUGACGGUAACGGCGAAAAAAAUCACUCCCCUAACGACGGCGCCGUUGCGGUGGAGGAGCUACCUAAGCGUAAAUUCAAGUAUAUUCCGGUUGCUUUGCUUGAAGAACAAAAAUAUGAGGAAUCUGAACACACUGACAAUGAAGCAAAACCAAAUGAGACUGAGUCAAAUGGUGAGGGACCAACAUCUGAGCCUGAUGGUUUUGAUGAAAAACCUGACAUCAAUGAUGUGCCGAUGGAAGAAAGUCAGGCUCCACAAGAUAAUCCUACAGAACGACAAUAUUUAAAUGAAAGCAACUUGGACUUGUCUUUAGGCUAGGAGGCUCAUGAACAAAAGAGAUCAGACAAGAGAUAGUCUGUUAGUCAAAGUUAACUCCCGUAGCACUGAGUCAAUCUGGCUUUCUGUAAGAUGCUGCUUAUGGUUGAGCUUCAGAACUGCCUCAGCUCUUCAUUUAUCCUACUGCAAGGUAGACUCACUAUUUUUUUAAAUGGCCGAGUUGAUAAUUUUUUUCAAACGACAAUAGUGGAAUAUUUAUAUUGGAAUUUGUGGGACGACAGAUGCUAUUGUAUCAAGAUUGAAGGGCUAAGACUCAUUCUUUCAUUCUCUUUGUCUUAGUAUAUACAAGUUCAGAUUUUGUGGAGCAAGUAGUUGUUCUCUGUAUGUAUCGUCAUAAGAAAGAACAAGUACUUCAA